AAGACCCGAUUGAUUAAACUUUACCCAAUCUAUCAAGUCCAAAUCAAUCUUAUAGGGAAGAUCACGUUUUGUAAGGAUCGACUCUAUGAAAUUCCUUUUUCUUUCAUUGGCACUUGCCAGUGCCGUAAGCCUUUGUUGGGCCACUACGUGUCCACAAUGCGAAAUAAUUCGAUGUCCUAGGCCAGAUUGUGAGGAACCAAUUGCUUCUGAUUUUUGCGGUUGUUGCCAAACUUGCGUCAAAAAUGAAAAUCAAAUUUGCGCUAUCGGAAUGAGCCCUGUCGGACAAGGUGUCUGUAGAGAGGGAUUGUUUUGCGCCCAUCGCAAAGACGAUGGUAGCGUACUUCCCUUCCAAACAGCCAUCGAUAAUCCAAUCAUUGGAGAAACAUUCAGGCGCUUACCUCAAUUAAACUUCACCUGCAUGCAAGAAAUUUUAAUUCAGAUAUGGACCGCCAGAGAUUUGAAAUUUCUGGUAGUUCAUGCUUCAGCGGAACUAGCUGUAUUUUUACAAAAUUUUGACCCAAAAAUUUUGAUGGUUUUAACAUCCGAGAAUUAA